AUGCAUGAAUCAUUUAUUAUGCCAUCGAGUUGUAAUCAUGUGUCAGCUAAUCGUUGUUCCGUUAAACUUAUAUUUUGGUAUGAUCGUGGAUAUUAUAAUGUUACAUUUAAUGGGGAAUCGUCACAUGAUAACACGUUUGGUGAUAAUAAACAUUUUAUUAUGAUUGAAACAGCUGUAAAUAAAUUUUUUUCUUAUGAUAUUCAUCAUAUAUGUAAAGAAACUGAUGAUUGUGCUCGUGUUUUUGCUGAACAAACAAUUAAUCAAAUGACUAAACGUUCAUAUAAUGUAACGAAUAUUUAUUCUGAUUUACAUCGAUUAUUACAUGAAAAAUCUAGUUUAUCUACAAAUUUAGCCUGUUUUGAUAUCAAUGAAGCUGUUCGUCAAUGUACUGUUCCUGGAAUGUCUGGUUCAUGUCAAAUCGUCGAUGAUUUAAUUAAACAUAAAUUUCAUAGACGUUUAUGUAUUCAUAGUAAUCAAGAAUCUGCUAGUGUUAAUAUAUUCGAUUCCGGUAACUUUGCAAUGAUGACUAUAAGAUGUAAUCGUAUGCUAUGUAAUGGACCAUUGACGAUAGCUGCUGUAAAAAAAGUAUUGCAACGUCAUAAUAUUACUGAUAUUAAUGGAAAUGACACUCAAGGUUAUAUAGCAUAA